AUGGUAACUCUUGCUCUUCCUUUCAGUAGGUCCAGCCUAAAAAUGGAGAGCACAAAAGCCCCCAAACAUGGUGAGCAAUGCAACCAAAUUGAAAUUGCUAAAAUUGUUGCGCAAAAAAGCCAUGAAGUCGACAGUUCAUCCCAUGAGAGAAUGGGGAGCUGUAUUAAUGGCGAAGCAAAGACCGGAGUCCUGCAUCCCAAUUCAUUUGGACAAUUGCUGGAAGCAGAUGUAGAUAGUGAACCGCGCCAGGUUUUGAGAGAAGAAGAGAAACACUUUGUUUUGCUGGAGACAGUGCAUUUGAAAAUAGAGGAGGAUGAUUUCCAGAGGGCUCCUCUGGACCAUCCGCAAGACAGAUUCCAAGACGUGAUGCAAAGAGAGCAAAACCUUUUACAGCCUUUGGAAGUGAUGCCACAACACUUAUGCAUUCAGGAGAACCCUGAACCACUUCUAGCACUAAGUUUGCCUGAAGGUGUGUAUACGAUCCAUGAGAUGGAAGUAAUGCAUGUCAGUGGUAUGAAGGAGGAGCACACAUUCAACGAAGACGCAAGGUCAACUAUGAAGACCACAAAUAUCAUUGGGAUUAAGACUGACAUAGUUACAGAUAACGAAUGUGAGGGCCAGCAGUUUCUUGCAGCUCAAGACGUCAAAAUGAACAAUUCCUUUUCUGAAGAGUCAACAAAGAUUUUGAAUGGCACAAUUAAAGGUGAUGCUGUACUGUUUCACAAUUCUGAAAAAGGAGGUCAAAGCACAAAGUGUGCACCCCAACAUCCUGCUCUAACAAGUCCAGAAGUUACAUCAAAGGUCCAUGGGAACACAGUCCAGUGGGGAGAAGGGAACUUGCCACAGCAUUGCCGCUUUUGCACAUUCACUUCUUCCAGCAUCACAGGCCUGAAUCGUCACAUGAAAAGACACUCAGAUAAGAAGCCCCACAUGUGCCACCUCUGCCUUAAGGUCUGCCACACAGUUUCCCUUUUGCGCAACCAUAUGAACACACAUACAGGGACCAAGCCAUAUAAGUGCAGCGAAUGUGAGAUGGCCUUUGUGACUGGGGGUGAACUUUCACGGCACCGGCGGUAUAAGCACACCCUUGAGAAACCUUUUAAGUGCACACUCUGUAACUAUUCUAGUGUGGAGGCCAGCAAACUGAAGCGCCAUAAUCGCUCACAUACAGGAGAACGCCCUUACAACUGUACUCUCUGUAGCUAUGCAAGCAGAGACACUUACAAGCUGAAACGGCAUAUGCUAACCCAUUCCGGUGAAAAACCCUUUGAGUGCCUGAUCUGUAAGGCCAGGUUCACGCAGGCUGGAACUCUGAAGUUCCACAAAUUGCACAAACAUGGAACGAAUGUGCCGAAAUAUCAGUGUCCACACUGUAACACGGCUGUUGCCAGGAAGGGCGAUUUAAGAAUCCACUUGCAAAAUCUCCACUCUUACAUUAAAGUGCCACUGAAGUGCAAUUUCUGUGAAGACGCCUUCCAUGAGCGGCAUGCUUUCAAGCAGCACAAGAAGACACACAGAAAUGAAAAAAAAUUCAAAUGUGAUCAGUGCAAUUAUGCAUGCAAACAGGGACGCCACAUGGUUGUGCACAAACGGACCCACACUGGAGAGAAACCCUUUGUUUGCAUCUUCUGCAACAAAUGCUUUAGACAAAAACAACUUAUGGCCAUCCACGUCAAGAAAUACCACGAUUCCAGCUUUCAGCCCAAAGUCUUUGAAUGCCCUCAGUGUGGCAAAGAAUAUUCACGCUGGGUAAGCUGA